GGGCGUGCGGGCACGGCCGGCGUGCGGCGGGCGGGCCGCGGGCCGGGCAUGGAGUGGUGGGUCGGGGCCGCCGGGGUCUGGGAUUCGCUGUGGGGAGCCGGCUGGGGCCCAUGGCCGUGCUGGGAGCUCCUGGCCGCCUGCGCCGUCAUCGGCGCCGUGGGCUGGCUGCUGCGGCUGCGGGACAGGAGGCCGGGCGGCCGCCGGGCGGCGGCGGCGGCGGCCGCCAUCUCCUCCGCCACCCCCAUCGCGUCCCCGGCUCCCCAGUCCGCCCCGGCGCCGCUCGCCGCGGGGAGCCAGCGCUGCAGCGGGAGUCGCCCAGGUGGAAUAACAAUGGAUACAAUAUUGUCCCGAUUAAAGAAGCUCAGCCACGAUGAGCUUAGAGAAGAGAUUGUGAGAGCAGGACUGAAAUGUGGGCCCAUUACUGCAACUACAAGGUUUAUUUUUGAAAAAAAAUUGGCUCAGGCACUGUUGGAGCAGCAAGGAGCAUUGGAGGAGGAAGGGUCUGCUCUGUCAGAGGAGGCUGCUGGAAAUGUCCCAGUGAAUCACAUCAGCCAUGGAAGCACUUCUGAGGAGGCAGACUUUGGGUACUGUGUGGGUCUGAACCCUCCAGAAGAAGAUGCUGUGACACACAUGAACUGUUCAGCUCCAGCCUGUGGUGCUGAUUCACAAAUCACUGCUCAGACACCGUCCAGAGAUCCUCCACUAUUCUAUGGUGUUUGCCCAGUUUAUGACGACAUACUGGCAAGGAAUGAGAGAAUACAUGUUUAUGAAGAUAGGAAGGAAGCUCUCCAGGCUGUUAAGAUGAUUAAGGGUUCCCGUUUUAAAGCUUUUACAAACAGAGAGGAUGCUGAGAAAUUUGCUAAAGGAAUCUGUGAUUAUUUCCCAUCUCCAGGCAAGUCCUCUUUAUGUUUGUCUCCAGUGAAAGUGGGAUCAUUUAACAGAGAUGGUUUGUGCUCCCCUGAGAGUGACACUGUGAAUAAGGAGAGAGCCAACAGCUACAAAAGUCCACGGACUCAAGAUCUCACAUCUAAGCUUCGGAAAGCUGUGGAGAAAGGAGACACAGCAACGUUUUCAGACCUUAUUUGGAGUAACCCUCGUUACCUGAUUGGGUCAGGAGACAACCCAACAAUUGUACAGGAAGGGUGUAGGUACAAUGUCAUGCAUGUUGCUGCCAAGGAGAAUCAGCCUGCUAUCUGCCAGUUACUGCUGGACACUCUGGAAAACCCAGAAUUCAUGCGGCUGAUGUACCCAGAUGAUAACGAUGUCAUGUUGAAGAAACGCAUCCAGUAUAUUGUUGACCUUUACCUGAACACUCCAGAUAAAAUGUGGUUUGAUACUCCAUUGCAUUUUGCUUGCAAGUUUGGAAAUGUGGAUGUGGUAAAUGUGCUUACCUCACACCCAGCCAUUGUAAAAAAUACAAGAAACAAAUACGAUCAAACUCCAGCAGAAGUAGUUUGUGAAAGAAGCAAGAACAAAUCUGCCGAAUUGAAAGAAAAGAUAAAAGAGUACUUGAAAGGUCACUAUUACGUCCCACUCCUGAGGGCAGAAGACAAUUCCUCAGCUCCGGUCAUUGGGGCACCGUGGUCGCCCGACCAGAUGGACGAUGGCCCCCAGAGAGCUUGGCCUAAAUACCCUGGCAGCCCCAAAGACCCAGUGCUGUCCAUCAGGGCUUUUGCAGGCCCCAUGAGCCCCUCAAAGGCUGAAGAAUUUCGCAGGCUGUGGAAGACUCCACCGCGAGAGAGAGCUGGCUUCUUUCACAAUGUCAGGAAAUCUGAUCUGGAGAGAGGUGUUGAAAGAGUUGGAAGGGAGUUAGCUCAUGAACUGGGGUUCCCGUGGGUUGAAUACUGGGAAUUUCUGGGCUGUUUUGUUGAUCUGUCUUCCCAGGAGGGGCUGCAAAAAUUAGAAGAGUACCUGAGUCAUCGUGAAAUGAGCGAAAAGGCUCAGCCAGAAACAGGGGAAAAUGAAACCUGCAAUAGAUAUAAAACUGCACAUCCCUCUGGCAAAAGCAAAAAGUCCUGCAAUUCCAUUUCUGUUGGAGCAUUUUUGGAUGAGGAUGAUGAUGACAUGAGCUUAGAAGAAAUCAAAAACAGACAAAAUGCAGCACGAAAUAUCAGCCCCUCUCUGGUGUCCAAGGAGCCCAGCAUUGAUGCCAUUGGAGAUGCUGAGUGUGAUAUCCUGUCCAUGGAGUGUGCAGGAAACAUCAUAGAGACCUCAGCUCACCCUCGGCACUACGAGAAGGGGGCUGCUGCCAGCAGAAACGGGUUUUGCAGUCCUGUGUCCAGUAAAAGGAUCAUCAGUGACAGAAAGCAGCUGCAUGAUGGGUCAGAAUGCCUCAUGUCACCCGUUUCCAAUUUGAUGUCAGAAUUUGAAAGCCUGUCAUUCCAAGAACAAGAGGUUGCAGGAGUAUCUCAUAAAAUCACUGAAAAAACUGAGUAUGAGGGAAUUCUGGACAAGACCUGCUCUGCAGUGUCACUGGCAAGUUCUUCUGAGCCAAGUGUUACAGGAAAACAUGGAGAGACCAAGUUAAGGACAGACCACAAAAUAUCAUUAGAAAAGCAGAGAGUGUCCAGAGAAUCUGGAAUUCAGACUGAGCCACAGCAACAUCAAGAACUUCCUUCCCAGAAGUUUCUUUUGAAGACUUCACCCACAAAUGGCAAUUUAAAGUUAUUUCUUCUUGGGGAGCAACCCUCGAAGCUGGAUGGUGAUGUCUUAGCAGCUAUAGAAGGAGCAGAGAUUGAUCCCCAGAAAUUCCCAAUGAUUUACAAAUGGAAACACGCAGUGCAAUCCUACUCCUCAUCUGACAGGCAAAGUUGGCCAAGUCCAGCGUUGAAGGCAAGAUUCCAGUCCCAGUCCAUGGCUGCUUGCCUUCCAAAUGCUUCAGUGUAUCCUAGUUCAGGAAGAAACAGUCUCAUACCAGGAAGUCCGGGGAAACACGGCAGCGCUGCCUCCUUCCCUCCGGAGCCUGGGAGCCCUGGGCGCUACAGCCCCGCCUGCAUCCUGCGCUAUUUUGCAGAGCCUCCUGCCCACUAGAAUGCAGCUCCUCAUCCUGGGACUUCAGUUCUGUUCUCAUUGUUAGAGUGGAGGAGAAACUACAAUGUUACUAAGGUGACAUGAGGUUUGUACUCGGCUAUUUAUUUUUCCUCAAUUGAGGACAACUGUAUGUUUAAACAAUGGAAUAUAUGUCUUAAUGCCAUAUACGAGGUAGAUUAUUACUGGUGAUAAGCAAGAAGUUUGUGACAGUGCAGUUGUCCGGUAGCUGAAUUAACCCUUGUUGCCAGUACCACAGUGGGCUGAACUGUCCUUAGCAAUGGUGGUAAUUGCUAUCACUACUUAUCCUCAUUGUAAUGAACACACAACCCUCAACUGCCUUUCUUGACCUUGGAUAGUCGAGGAAAUGCAUCAUCAGCAAAUAAAACAUGGGAGAGGAGACUGAUGGCAGGAAGUGAAACAUUGUCCUGCUUGCAGGGGGAAAAGCCUAAAACAUGCCUGGGAAUGCAAGGACAACUUUGCAGUGUGGAGCAGAGAUGUGAAACCCUGUGCAGAAGCAGAGAGUUUCCAGCCAGCUGGGCUGGGCAGUUGAUACCCACACCCACCCUCACCUGUCUGUCUGUGUGUGUGUGCACAGAUCUGCACAGAGACCCUCGAGUCUCUGCUUGUUCUGAGGCUGUUACAGACACUGAGAUCUACCGAGUGCUUUAGAAACAGGGCACUGUAGAAACUAUUGGGAUUCCUUUAAGUGGUAGUGGGAAGAUUUAAGGAAAAGCUUCAAAAUUAGAUGGUUAUUUUUUCCCCAGAGAAGCUACUAACACUAGCAGAUUUGAAUAGUUAUUACACAGAAGCACAUCAGCAAUAAUCUCGGCAAAUUUACCAGCAAGAUACUUUAUCUUAAUGGUCUGGUUUGUAAUUUAUUAGCAUGGUAGCCAGUGGCGCAGGAGGUGGCUAUUUCCCAACUGUAAAGAGAGAGGACUAAGGACAAAACAUUUUUACGAAAUCUGAGCUUUUACUGUGUCUCUAGUGUUGAUGUGGUAAUGAGUUUUUGUUACAGCAGUCAAUAAUUUUAUUCUGCAGCCUUCUGUAAGAAUGACUUGUUUUGACAGCAUGAUGCUGAGAGUAAGAAAGCUUUUCAAAACUCCAGAGAGUUUUCAGUUUCAAGCCUAGUGCUUGUAAUGUUGCAUGAAAGGCUUCCAGAAACAGCUCUCUAGGUUAAAAAAAUGGAAAAAGAAAAAAGACCUAUCUACUGUUACAAGAUACAUCUGAUCAGAAAAUGAAGUCCUGCAGGAGUGUGCUGGUGAGAAGGGAUGGAUUAGGAUGGGCUGGUGCCACACAGUCAGUGAGAGCUCAGAGCCACCUGGCAGGGCUGGACGAGAAGGGCACCAAGUUGAGCAAACACGGGUGGGAGGCAGGAGGGGCCGGCCCGGCCUCCCCCAGGGUCCCACCCUCGGGGCGUUGCAGAGCCCGGGGCUCCCGGGCUGCUCACACGGCAGUGACUGUUCCACACAAACUGUGCACCCUCACAGCUUCGUGAUUGGUACAAACCUAAACACUGCACUUAAUGCUUUUGCAAGCUCAGUAGUGCCUUUUGUAAUAUAUUUUUUUAAUUAAGUUUUUUGUUCUUUUGGAAGUUUUUUUUUUUUAAAAGUGGCAUCCACUUACUAUGGGCAGAUAAAAUACAGUUUUUCUCUGGGCUUUCUGAACAGGAUGUCUUUUAAUGUCUCUAAGUUGGAUUAUUUGGUGCGAUAGCUCUCCAUAGGGGGGAGAGACUCCUCUUCUAGAAAUUAUUCUUACAAAAAAAAAAAAAAAAAAAAAAAAAGGCAUAUUUUGCUCUUUUGUUAAAAUUGAACCUAGUUCUAUGGAGCUGGACAUUAGGAAGACCUACUUUACAUAAAUGCCUCUCAUUCAGUCAUAUUCCAGACAAGUACCAGGGGCCUGGGGGGGGGGUCAUACUUUAGGAAACAUGUUUUUUAAAAAACCCAGAACCAAAAACAUAACCUUCUGCUACUAAGUAUAUUAACGGACUUAUUUCAUAAGGGUUUUUAAACUUAUUUUUAUGUAGCAGGCUCCUUGGUCUCAAAAUAUUUUUAAGAUCCCACAUACAUAAGAGUUUUACUCCAAAAGGAUUGAGAUGGACUUUUUUUUUUUUGCUGGGUGGUUGGGUUUUUUUCAAUAAUUUAACAUAAAUUACAUCUUUAUCAUUCUGGAGAAAUGGAUCAGCUGAUGAAAUUGCCUAAUACCAUGUUAGAGCCAAACUGCUGGAGUAAUUGCUGUGGGUGCAGCUGCUGUUCUCCACUCUGGUGCUUCAGAGCUGUGGUAUAGCAGCAUUGCCCUUUUGCUAAGAGCUUGUUACUGAGCCAGGAGACUGAUACUAACACUCUAGUUCUCUGUCCUUUUCACUUUUAUUAUGCUUUAUUUUUUUAAUAUUUAAAUGUAUGUUACUGGUAUGUACAUGUAGCCAGACACCCCCACACCACACCCUUGCCUUUCACUUUGAAAUGUUGUUUUGGUUCAGUCAGGAGAGUAUUUUUUAAACUGUGUUAUUAUAAUGUGCAUUAGUCCAGUUGUGCUUCACUUAAGAGGUCAUUUUUCUAACAAUGUGUUACUUCAGCUAUGACAAAAAUAGCAAUUUAUGCAGCAGUUUGAUCAUUUGUGAUUUUGUGAAGAAAGCCCUUCAACACUGAGCCUGUGGAGACACUUUAAAUCAGAGUGAUAGUGCUUGAAUUGUGUUUUCUUGGCCAAAAGUUCACUUUUAAAGGUGCAAAAUAGCUGUGUUUUUGUUGGUUGUUUUUUAAUUAGCAAAGUGUCAUGUUAAAAAUACAGACUUAUCCCACUUUCUAUUAAAAUCAGAUGAAUAGCUGAAAGUGUCACCCUGUGUUCAAUAGGGGAUGUGGGGAGAAGGAGCUGGGCACGACAAGGCACAUCACUGGCUUGGUCAGGCCUUGCUUGUACAAUACCUGCAGCUUUUGUGAGUGUUGGUGACAAUGUGACAAUGGACUACACCAUCAAAGACUUAAAAGAAGAGUCUUACAGUAUUGAAGAGAGAGGAACUCAGACUAUGGUAAAAAAGAUAUAAUUUUAAAUUUCACCCCCACCUUAAGUGUCACCAAAACUAUUGUUAAUUUCUGUACCUGUGCAAAGAGGUGUUGUGUCCUCUGCUUACCCACCAAGAGCUCAUUGACUGACACAGGGGAUGUAGAAGGGGAUGUGUAUGAGA